GAGAAGUUGUGUCUUUUGUUGCUGCACAAGUUGGUUGUGAAUUUGACGGCGCAAAGUUGUGUCAUCUGUCCAGCUGUACUGUAAAGCUGCACUUUAAACUUGGACUGAAUUUGACGCUGGCUACGCUGAAUGCCGUUAUUUGCUAACGUUAGCCGUAACUUAGCCUUUAUUACAGGUCUACAGUGUUGAAUGCCGCUAUUUGCUAACGUUAGCCGUAACUUAGCCUUUAUUACAGGUCUACAGUGUUAGCAGUAGGUUUUAGGUUUGGUUAUUAUUGGAUAGCGGACUGAUCUUUCUUCAACCCUUUGGGGUUUGUUUCAUCUGGGAGACGGGUCCCGACAUGUCAGACAGCCUACAGGAACGGUAACAAGUCAAAUCACCAGAUAACCUUAGUGUGUCGUAUUACGAUAUACAAAGAGGCGCAGAUGUGUUUCGCUGUGGUUUGUGUCCAAUGUCAAGACUUGUGGAUUGGGACAAAUUAAAGCCUUGUGAAUUGUUCUUCGUGGUUUUCUGCUUCUGGCCUAAAAGAGAAGCGCAGGGUCAUUGCACUCAUGUUUGCUCGGACGUCGACUGCAGGCUGACCCAUCGGGGAAGAGCUCGACUUUGUCCCCAGAGAUAAACGGGUUGUAGUCCACGUUCACCGGCACCGUUUUCUGCUUGAUAAGCUACCAAACGCUGCUGUUUCCAUACAUAUCUACUGUUAAACGGCGACCGAGGACCGCGGACCGCCUCUGAGCACGCGCCUCUGCUCCUCUGUGUAUGUGCUCGCGCGGCACGGAUUGUUUACAAACACAGGUCUCGUGCUCCCGAAGGGGUCCCGCUGCUGCCCCCUAACGGCCGGAAAGAGAAGAGAGGCGGGCAGGUCAAAGGUGUGGAGCACGGGGAGGAGAAGAAACAAUGGCGUUGCGAAUAAAACUGCGGAUUCCCAUCCAUCCAUUAUCUCCACCCCUUAUCCUGAAUAGGGUCGCAGGGGGCUGCAGCCAAUCCCAGCUGACACUGGGCUACUGCUGAGAUGGCCCGUGCAGAGACCAUCGAGAGCGUUGGGGAAACUGGAGGAGGAAACACUUCCCUUCCUGGCCACAACACCUGCCGCAUGGAGCUGCCUCAGCAUUUCCACCCUGGGCCCAGCCUGCUCACCCCUACCGCCAUCACCAAUGGCUCCAGGACUGGUGCCAUACACCUCCAACAUAACCACCACCAUCUGUACCCUUUGCAAGCUUUCUAUCUGUCGCUGCCUUACCCCCACCCAGAGGGCCAGGACGAGCCCCAGACUCACCAGCAGCUACCUGCGUUAUUGCCAUCAGCAGCGCCUCCUCCUUUGCCACUUUGCAGCCAGAGGGAAGAGAGAGGUGGAGGCGCAGUAGCACCCAGUGCCUUCUCAGGAGAGCAGCCAGCCUUGGGCAGAGAGCGGCGCCCGGAGGCCUCCAUCCGGCAGGAACCUCUGCCUGACCUGCUGCCACAGAAUGAACAUCCAUCCUGGGCUUUUCAGCACCACAGAGCCGCAAGGGGAGAGGCGUCGCAGGAGGUCAGGAGAGUGGCCAGUCAGCUGAGGGCCAUCGGAGAUGACUUUAACGCUACAGUCCUCCGCCGAGCGGUAAGACCAGGGAGGGGUCUCAUGAUUUAUGCACGCUGCCCCCCACUGGCGGGAUUGGAGAGACGCCUGCCGUGGACUCGUCAACUUCAUCACCCAGACUCUUAGCACUCUCUACAGGCUCACAUAGAUAGCUGUCUGACCUGCAGCACCGUUACCAUGGCGACUAUUUUACAUUCAGGACGCAGCCAGCGAGCAGAGCGACUUGGACUGGUUGAUGCCCUGUUGUGCAUCUGAACCUAGAGGACUAUGAAAUGAAACUUUUUCUUGAACAGAGACUUUGGGAGGAUGAGAUCAGCAGCUGGAGGUAUCACUGUGCUGCCUGUGGAAACUGGACCCUGCCUGUCUGUCUGCCUGACGGUCUGUGCGUCAGUCAGUCUGCUGGUACAGACUGCAGCUGGCGGACGGACCGACACUUUCCUACCUGUACAUUCUGUAAAAUCAAUUUGCUUUUGUUGUCUUUGUCAACGUCUCGGGGGUCAGCUCUUUAUGUAGCAAGUGUGGCUCAAGCGCGUGCCUGAGCCUGUUUGUGUAUGUGGACGUAAGACCUGGGUCAAACAGUUUGUGAGAAGCCAUUUGUGGUCAAUGCAGAUUUUUGAAAAUUGGGUUCCAAAUACCAGAGCCAAGGUCUUUAUCAUACCAGCCACCAUUUUCCUGUCCAGAUCUAACUUUAGAUUACGUGAAAUCGUUCAGUAAUCAUCCUUUCUUCUUCUGCUGUGGAAAUACCAUCUUGAUUUAGUUGAAUGAAUUUGGAGAAUAACAGCAGAUGUGAUUUGACCCUCGUCUGAUGUGUGUGUUGCUGUUAUAUCUUUAUUUUGGAUCUAUAAACUGUGAAAGUGGACAGCGUGGCUGCAUCACAGGGACAAGUUGGGUGUUAUCCCAGCGUGGAGCGAAGCACAGUGACUCUCUCUCCCAGACUGAAACCACUUCAUUUCAGAUAUGAUGUGCCUUUCUCGCUCUGCUGAGGCCUAAUCUCCAACACCAGGACAAUCAUCCACACACACUCUUUAAGUGCUUUGUCUGCAGUCACUGAGCUCAGAUGCUCCAGCUUCAUGGUGUCGGACAGAGAAAGCUAAAUCCCCGCCAAGCGCACACACACACACACACACACACACAUGCAGACAACUGCUACUGUACAUUCUUCCACACGUUCAUACUGCCAGUGUUGGGAGCUGAAAGGGUCUCACUCGCCCGCGUCAACAGUGUUCAUAGUUACUUGAUCGUGUGUAAAUAUUCUGUUGGAAUCGGGAAAAACUUUGAUGGACUUUAAACGCGCUUGUCAAAGCGAGAGUUCACUGUGUUUGUCGGGAGAUGUUUUCGUAUUUCUGAGUGGCUGCCGGCAACAGUAGAGCAAGUUUGAAUUUAAAUCCAGUGGAUUUGAGAUGGCUUUCCAUGACUUAGAGAAGAAUAUAUGAUUUGGAUCUUUUGUUAAAAUACAUUUGAUGAUGUUUGUAAAAUGA